CAUCUUGACUCGUCUCACAAGUGCCGCUCCUUUUCGAUACUGAAGUGGCAAGUCGUUCUGUUCCACAUUUCGAUAUCGCAGACACUAUGACGGGUGCAACGAAUGAAGCCGACCACGACAGGCAGACACCUUCGGAUGAUAGCUUGACCACUGUAUCGAAUAGCAACAUCGCGGAUGACGACCUGGAACAUACCAACUUUGAUUCUCGGGGUGUCGCUGACGAGAAGACCGACGAGCACCUGAUACAGGACACCGUAUCAGACAUUCAGGCAUCUCUUGGUGAGCCCGACAGUGAUCAGGAACCCCGAAAGCCAAUGAACACCGUCGACGAUGGCCAUGCUCAGGCUUGUGCUGGAAGAAGACACCGCAUAAGCUACUCAUUUCAUUUCCAUUGCCCCAAAUGCGAAGAAACUGUCGAAGAUUCAGGAUACAUGUCUGCCGCCGAAGAAACUAGUCCUCGUGAAAAGGCGCAUCUAGAGGACGCCAAAGCGGACAUCGGAAGACCCCGGUCCACUGAUGCGAGGAUAGGGCCGACAAAUGAUGCAUCCAGCAACAGUGUUGAUGGUGAUGCAGAGGUUGGCGACAGCGCUAAAGCUGCACCACUGCUGGAGCAAAACAAAGCCGAAAAGCCUAGAUCUUCAGAAUCAGAUAGCAUUGCCGGACAUGAGGAAAGGCCUGGCGAUCGCGACGAUGACUUGGCCUCGGAGAAGGGUGACUCUUCGUCCUCCGUCUCCUCUUCCGACAACUCCAAGCCCUUGUCGCCGGAAACUGGUGUUUUCGUGGAAUACAAAAAUGUCUACAUGGAUUUGAGGGACAAAGAUGACCUUCUGUAUGUUCAGACUUCUUAUGAUCCCAUUGUCUCUGUGGGGGGUGAUCUUGACCAGAGCAAGGCCAUAUUCGAUGUCGUGGCUCAUUAUAGGUCCGCCAUUCACUUCACGGCUUACGACGAAGCUCGUUUCAGACGAGGGGGACUACUGUCAGGUCCACCUCCAGUGUUUGGCCAGCCGAAACACACCAUCACCGUCCGAUCACAGACAAUCAUUCGCGCUCUGCAGAAAGUUGUGACGUACUAUCCAGGCUUCGACCUGUCUCGACCAACCGUCGAGGUCAGUGAGCCAUACGCACCCAUCGCAAACCAUUACGAUGAGUUGCGCGCCUACCAUGAGAAGCAUGGAAGACAAGGAAUGGACGUUGCCGAUGAGGAGACUACUCGGAUUUCAGAACAUCUCGGGCGUCUUCUUGCUUACGCAGACGAGAGAAUCAUGCCCCCAGUCCUCGAGGAAAUUGAGCGUCGGAAGAGAGGAUUCGUCACAUGGAACAUGCUAUGGGUCCUUCUCAGACCUGGGACAGACGUAAGUGUGCUUCGGACAUCUUCUACGCAACGAUCUGGCGUUGUCAAUCGCGACGGGGCUGUCGUGGAGAGCGUUACAUACGAAGAAGAUGAUGAGGACAUGUUCAAUAUACCCGUUGAGUUGACUAUCAAGCUCUGGAAUCUGCGUUUUGAUGGCUACAAGCUUGGGCGCUGUUCUUCUCGGGUUGAAAUUGAUCGCUUUAAUGGUGAAAUGGAGCUCUCGAGAUUGUCGGUCCUACCAAUGGAACACUCAUCUCCUCUGGAUGAUGGUACAAACUUGCGGCAGUAUCUGGAGAUUCAAGGAAAACGCUUUGUUGACAUCCUGAAGACAAGUGUUUUCCAACACAGCGGCAAUGUUAUGGAGUACCCUUUUCAUCGGUUGGAAGGUCAAGUCAUGGUCGAUGCCCCUGUCUAUCUGAACGAAUUCUCGGAUGACCGACCGGACUUGAUCGAAGGUGAUGGAGAUUUCGGUCGCUACGACAACAUCAUCCCAGGGGAAGUCAGCAAUCUUGACAAUCACAUGUACUUUCUAUGCCCACAAGUCGUGUACUGUUACAUGUUCAAGUUUCGUUCGUGGAAACUGGUCGAUGUAUCCAAUUUGCAUCCGCCUCAAUUCGCUCAUGACAUGAUCAACACCUUGGUCAUGGAUCCCAAACGUAUCACCCUACUCAAAUCUUUGUCCAAGAGCUUCAUGCGGCAAGAUAUGGAAGAUGAAAGUCAACAUUCUGAGCCAUGGUCGGCGGAUUAUGUCAAAGAAAAGGGCAACAGCCAAAUCUUCUUACUCCAUGGGCGACCAGGAGUAGGGAAGACCUACACUGCAGAAUGUAUUUCCGAGUACGCACGUCGACCCUUGAUGACGCUUUCCACCAGCGACAUUGGAACAACGGCUGAAGCGGUGGAGGGUAAUCUGCAGCAUCACUUCACACGGGCGAAGAGCUGGGGAGCGAUCUUACUCAUAGACGAAGCUGACAUUUAUCUGGAGCGACGGUCUAUAAGUGACCUUACCAGGAACGGCCUCGUCGCCGGGUUUCUUCGAGCACUCGAAUAUUAUGAAGGUAUCCUUUUUUUGACCACCAACCGCGUGGGUGCCUUCGACGACGCCUUCGUGUCCCGCAUCCAUGUCAAGCUCCACUAUAAAGCGCUGUCUGACGACGAUCGUCUGCGCAUCUGGACGAAUUUCAUCAAAAAAUUGGAGGCAGAGCGAGGGGACAAGAUGCGGGUAAUGAGGGAGACCCGAAAGUAUAUUGAAAGCAACGAGAUCAAGCGGCUGAACCUCAACGGGCGUGAGAUACGCAACAUCUUCCAGACGGCUGUGGGCUUGGCUGAGUUCGAAUGUCACAAAGACUCAGAAGGCAAGAUCAAAUUGGAGAAAGACCAUAUUGCGCAAGUGGCCGACAUUUCCGGGGAGUUCAAGCAGUAUCUUGAUGAUACGUUGGAAGGCGACGAAGACAAACGAGCGGAGAUGUCGUUCUUGCGCAAGAGCGAAACCCCGUCGCCAGAAAUCAGUAGGAGGUAGUAAAAUAGGUCGCUAAGCAUCGCGGAUACUCACGAGGAGUGAGUACUGUGUGUACAUGGCGGAUGAUUAAGGUCUAGGGUUAAAUUAUUCAAAGUCGUAGAGCUACGUAAGAAUGAACACGGGAC